AUGUCAAAUAAACAGAAAGAUGAGAGGCAUCCAAAUACAUUCCCAAUACCCACAAAAACUCAAGAGGAGUUCAUUCAAGUAAUCCAGAUUUCUUUAAUCAAUAUAGCUACACAAGUAAAUAAUCUGAAUAAAUGUGCUGAAGAUAUAAUUGAUGAAAUACGCAAAGAGGUUGACAGGCUCUCUUUCAGAGUUAUGAUUUUAGAAGAACAUGUAAUCCAGUUGAUGAACUGUUUUACCUACAAAGAUCAAAAUGGAGGAUUGCCCUUGAGAAUUACAGAAUCAAAGACAUUUCAAAGUACAACUAUUCAAACACAGCAGGUAUACCCCUCCAAGCAAGUACCUGUUAAAAUGUGUGAAAGGCACGAUACUCAUGGACUGACAUUACCUAUGAAUAGGUUGUCUCCUUUUGUCCCAGAUGAUACAGGAGGUUUGGAAGUGUCUCCUGAUGCCUCACACUGCUUUGAACUUCAUAAAGAAAAGACUGUCCAUGAGAGUGAAGGAGAAAAGGGGGCAAGGCCCAAGCAAAAGCAGCCCAAAGAUCAUCGCAAUAAACCAGCACGUGUGCCUCAGACUCAACGGAUGGGAGACAUUUCGGUGUACCAUGUCCCAGCUGCUUGCAGUGUGGCCUUUCAUUCACAUAUGUAUCAACCAGAUGAAAGUUCCUCAUUUUCCAGUUUCCCACUGUGUCAAAUCAAUAAGCUUGUAACGAGAGCUGUAGGAAAAGCAUUAUCCAGUUCUCACUCUCCGCCAGUGCAUGAAUCCAGAGAGGUGAAAAAUUCACCUACAUAUGUUAGCUAUGGAACUGGAAGGGGAGAAGAAUUGAAACCCCAACCUCGAACUUGCCUUAAAACAAAGGUGCUUGUGAGCCCUACAGCUCCAGCCUCAGCACCGGCAUUGCCAGCUGACUGGUUAGCUGCAUUAAGAGCUUCGAAGGUGGAAACUCCUUCCUCAAGCAUACAUGUCCCAACUCAACUUCUGUCACCUGCUUUGGGAACCGCAGCAGCAACAUCUCUUGCUGCUUGCCGCCCAGGUGCUCCUGAUGGAGCUGUUCCAAUUAUUCCACUUAAAGGGGCCUUCUCCACUCCAGCAUCGGAACCUUUCCCAUACUAUGAACUGACAACGGAUGAUCUACUCGCACAAGCUGAAUAUCAGGGCAUGCCUCCACCUCUCUCUUCUUCUGCAGUCACCUCACGUAGUGUUCAAACAAGGGCCACAGUUUCACAUCUCAGUGGCCGUACGUCUGUUGUACAAUCAGCAACAGCUUCAGUUACAAAAUUAUCAAAGUCUUCAAUUCCUUCAUCGCCAAGAUCUUCACUUUCACCAUCACUGAGCUAUCGUAUUCCACCACCAAGAUAUCCAGUUACACUAUUGCCAAGAUCAUCAACUCCACAAAAUUCAAGUCUACUCUCAUCAAUCUCUUUACAUCCACAAACAUCAAGAUCUUGGAGUCCAUCACCAAGAAAUUCACUUUCCCCCUCCACAAGAAGUUCAGACACCACACAGUCAAGAUGUCCAGAGGCACAGUCAUCAAGACCUUGA